CGGAAGCUGUGAUGGUGAAACCUGCCAUGGCCGAAGUGCUGUCCGCUGGGGCCGAAUCAGUGGCGUGCUGCCGAGCACGGGCAGCGCAAAAGGUGCUGAAUCAGGUGGUUCUCCCCGGGGAGGAGCUGGUGCUGCCGGACCACGAGGACGCAGACGGCCUUGGCGGCGCUGGGGAGCAGCCGUUACGCCUGAAUGCGGGUGCGCGCCCGAGGCUGCGCGUAGUGUGUGGCCCAGGUUUGCGACGCUGCGGGGACCGUCUGCUGGUCACCAAGUGUGGCCGCCUGCGUCACAAGGAGCCCAGCGGAGGAGGCGGCGGCGGUGGCGGUGGCGGAGUUUACUGGGUGGACUCGCAGCAGAAGCGGUAUGUACCUGUGAAAGGAGACCACGUGAUUGGCAUAGUGAUCGCUAAAUCUGGAGAUAUAUUCAAAGUUGAUGUUGGAGGGAGUGAGCCAGCCUCUUUGUCUUACCUGGCAUUUGAAGGGGCAACUAAAAGAAACAGACCAAACGUGCAGGUUGGAGAUCUCAUCUACGGCCAGUGUGUGGUUGCUAAUAAAGACAUGGAACCAGAAAUGGUCUGUAUUGACAGCUGUGGCCGUGCCAAUGGAAUGGGUGUGAUUGGACAGGAUGGUCUGCUCUUCAAAGUGACGUUGGGCUUAAUUAGAAAGCUAUUAGCUCCAGAUUGUGAAAUUGUGCAAGAACUGGGAAAACUCUAUCCAUUGGAGAUUGUGUUUGGAAUGAAUGGAAGAAUAUGGGUCAAGGCUAAAACCAUUCAGCAGACGUUAAUUUUGGCAAAUGUCUUAGAAGCUUGUGAACACAUGACAACAGAGCAGAGAAAACAGAUCUUUGCCAGGCUGGCAGAAAGUUGACACGUAUAUUUCCUUAGUGGAUAUUUUAAUCAAGACUGAGUUUCCUGGGGAAAUCUUUUUUUUUUUUUCUGGGUGAAUUUCUUCCUGGCAGAUCUUUAGAAAAUGCAUAUUGUCUUACUAGAAUCCAUAAAAAUAUUUUUGUAAGAGUUACUGGUCAUCAAUCAUGUAUAGUUAAGAAAAUUAUAAAAAAAAAUUUAUAUACUAAA